UUAUGUUGGAAACGCUAUCAUCUUUUCUUUUUUUUUUUUUAUAGUAAACAAUUGUAUUUGUUAUCAUCUACAACUCUAAAAAAUACAUUUCGAAAAAUAGGAGAGAGCGAGUAGGAAAUAAGAAAGUGGCAACGCGAGAGUAGGAACCGGAAAUGGUAAAAAGAUUCUGAGGAUAAAAGAGAAAGCAGAGAAACAGACAAACUUUAUUUGGAGAGAUGUUAACGUGGAUCGAAUAUCCUCACGUUCACACUAUCCCAUUGGAUGUAGCACGAGGCCGCCACACGCCCCUACAUCUGGCUUUCAUAUCCACCCUCCACGUGGAUCUCAAUCCAACGGUGACCACACGCCUUUUCCCUCUUAUAUAAACCCUUCCUCCUUCCUCUUUCUUAUCAUCAUCACCAUCUCUUACAACAAAUCUCAGGCGGCUCAACACUAUCCUCUUCUACAUUUUCCAACGAUGGCCUCAAACGCACUCUCGUCUUUCACCGCCGCUAAUCCCGCUCUGUCUCCUAAGCCACUACUCCCUCACGGCUCUGCUUCUCCGUCGGUUUCUCUCGGCUUCUCCAGGAAAGUUGGCGGCGGCAGAGCAGUGGUCGUUGCAGCGGCUACGGUGGACACAAACAACAUGCCGAUGACCGGAGUCGUGUUCCAGCCUUUCGAAGAGGUGAAGAAAGCCGAUCUGGCCAUUCCAAUCACAUCUCAUGCCUCUCUCGCUCGCCAGAGGUUUGCCGACGCUAGCGAGGCAGUCAUUAAUGAGCAAAUCAAUGUGGAAUACAACGUCUCCUAUGUGUACCAUUCAAUGUACGCAUACUUUGACAGAGACAACGUUGCUAUGAAGGGACUAGCCAAAUUUUUCAAGGAAUCAAGUGAGGAAGAGAGAGGGCAUGCUGAGAAGUUUAUGGAGUACCAGAACCAAAGAGGAGGAAGAGUGAAACUCCACCCUAUCGUCUCACCUAUCUCAGAAUUCGAACAUGCUGAAAAAGGAGAUGCUUUAUAUGCAAUGGAGUUGGCUCUGUCUCUAGAGAAACUCACUAAUGAGAAGCUUCUAAACGUUCACAAAGUGGCCUCAGAGAACAAUGAUCCCCAGUUAGCUGAUUUCGUUGAGAGUGAAUUUCUGGGAGAGCAGAUUGAAGCAAUCAAGAAGAUCUCAGACUACAUCACCCAGCUAAGGAUGAUCGGCAAAGGCCACGGAGUUUGGCAUUUCGACCAGAUGCUUCUGAACUAGACUUGGACCUCUAUAAGUUCACUUUCAGAUGACCAAUGUUGGGGUUAAAACAGAAGAACCCGAAGAUUCUGUAAAAGCUUUAGAUUGAACAUUAUGGACUAAUAAGAUUGUAGUAGUAAGCUUUGUGUUCAAGAUGGUUUUUGUAAUAACUUCGUAAGCUUAAUCAAUGAAGUUUUUGUUUUAGUAUAUUCUAACU